GCCAUGGAUGGACAGUUUGUAUGCAUCGCUUUGUCCACCAAAUAUGUGGUGUUGGAUACAGAGAAUGGGAAUGCUCAAGAGCUUUUUCCUUAUGACAGCACCACCACCUCCCCUCUAGUCAAAAGAAUAACUCGGGAGGAGUUUCUCCUAGGUGGGCCCAGUGCCCUGGGCAUGUUUGUCACGACGGCCGGUAUUUCUGAGAGGCCACCCCUGCAGUGGGGGGAGGAUGUAGUUUCAGCGGCCUACUCCCACCCCUAUGUGAUAGUCCUCUGCCCAGACUGCCUCACUGUUUACAGCAUACUGGAUCAGCAACCGAAGCAGCGUGUCACUUUUCACGGCGGCAAUUUUCUGGACAACUUCGAUGGCAGGACUUACAUCGCAUCUUCAGACAUGGUCUGUGCUUUUCUGCCUGUCCCUUGGGAGAAUCAGGUUCAAGCUUUAUUGGCUGAGAAGAAGGUACCUGAAGCUCUUGAAUUGGCAAAGUACUCCAACAAAGCUGGCCUAUCCCGGGAACAUCAUAAAAAUAUUCUUCGACGUAUCUAUCAGCAGGCAGGUUUCAUCGAAUUUUCUUUUCUCCAUUUUGAUGAAGCUGCAGAAUUAUUUCAUGAAGGAGAGUUGGAUGUGCGAGAGUUGAUAAGCCUUUUCCCGGAUCUGCUUCCUUCGAAUUCCUCCUUCAUUCGCAUCAAUCCGCCUCUACAUGACAUUGCGAAUGUGGAGGAGAUGUGUUCCUCUGAUCCAGAGUCUGUGCUCGCCUGCAGAAAGUUCCUGAUGCAGUACUUGGAGUCAACGAGGAACUCUCCGGACUCGGUCGGGUGCAAACUGGAAGUAGACACAGCCCUUCUGAAGUUGUAUGCCGCUCUGGAUUACCCUGCCCUCCUGUCACUAUUGGGCAGCUCUGACCUGGGCUGCCAACCCAGGGAGGGCGUGGACAUCCUGUCUCACUACAAGAGAUAUCAUGCCCUCGCCCUUUUUCACCUGAAGCUCGGUGAGACUGAUCAGGCCCUGGCUGUAUGGUCCAAACUUAUUGCUCAAGAGUACAGUGAUUCUACCUUUCCCGGACUCUCAUAUUUCGUCGAUUUUUUAUGCAACCUCAGUGAUCAUUUUUUAUUGUGGAAAUAUGUUGAUUUUGUCCUGGAAAGAGAUCAAGAGCUUGGUGUAAAGAUUUUCAUCGAUCGGCCCGCAAAAGAGCCAACUUCCGAACGCUUGCGGCCAGAUUCUGUUGCAGAAUACCUCCACAGAUAUCCCGUGGCGUUGAUGAGAUAUCUGGAAUAUCUAGUGUUCAACAAAAAAAUAGAAAAAGAAAAAUUUCACACACACCUUGCAGUGAUGUACAUGGAUUCUGUACUCAACAUAUUGAAACUCCCCGAACCCGAACAGAACGGCCUAAGUGAAGAAAGACAGAAGCUUCAACUCCUCCUCCACAACUCAUCACUAUACCGAGUGCAGCUGCUGUUGGGAAAAGCAUCAGAGAGCAGACUCCACAAAGAGUGUGCCAUCCUCUACGGAAAGCUUGAAGAGCACGAAAAGGCGCUAAGGAUUCUGGUGCAUCAGCUUCAAGAUCACGACUCUGCAGAAGAUUACUGUUUGCGCAUGUCUGCAGGAAAAGACAAAAAGUAUCGCCAUCGACUCUUCUAUGCCCUCUUAGCAGUUUAUUUGGAUGACACGUUAGAAGAACAGAAAAGAGAAGAAAUGCUGCCAGCUGCUAUCCAGCUACUUAACAGUGAGUUAGCUGAAUUCGAUGUAACAAAGGUAUUGCAGCUGAUCCCAUCCCACUGGUCAGUGGCCAUUCUGGACCAAUUCCUCACUCGUUCCUUGCGUUCCUCUCUCCACAGGCGGCGACGCUGCAGGUUACGCAGCGCCCUCUCGCGGGGAGAAAACUUGCACGUCAAGUUUGCCAAGAUACACAUCGAGAGCACUCACGUCCUUCUCACAGAAGACAGAGUGUGUGCCAUCUGCAAGCAUUCCUUCGUGGAGCCGGCCUUCGCGAGACACUGCGACUCUACACUGACUCAUCCAUACUGCGCGAAACACGCUGGACAGAUAUCCGAAUCCACGAGCAACGUCAGGUGAUGAAUGUUUGUCUAGUAAAAAUAAAACCACAUUCCCUAUGUGCAAUCUUUAUAUCGGCAGAUCUCUGCCCCCACUGGCGACCGACUCGCUCCUUUCAUGUACAUAUGAGAGAAAAGAAGUGAAAUUAUA